AAAUUUUUUUUUGUUAUGCUAUGGUACUUUCCAAUCUAAAAUUACUCGUACCGCGAACCGGUUAUCUGCUAUUUCUACGAAAUAAUUACCGUCGCGUGACUGACCUUCCUCAUAAAUUAAUAACAAAUCCGUAUGCGAAAACCGCGUUUUUAUUGUAGCAGUGUAACUGAUUAGUGCGCUUCCACAGAUCUACUACACCUACGAUGAAUCUACACGGUAGAGCGCUGCACUAUGUCUUCAAAAUCCCCGACCGGGGUGCCAUUCCGGCCUUUUAUAAGAAAAUCUUGGGCAUGAAAGUGUUGCGCCACGAAGAGUUUAAGGAUGGGUGCGAGGCCCAGUGUAACGGGGCUUAUGAUGGAAGAUGGAGCAAAACCAUGAUCGGUUAUGGGGUAGAAGACACCAAUUUCGUGCUCGAACUCACUUAUAACUAUGGGGUGCAUUCUUACGAGAAAGGGAAUGAAUUUGUGGGCAUUACCAUUCAGGACGGGGAGAUUUUAAAAAGGGCCCAGGCAGAAAACUGGCCCGUGAAGGAGGGCAACGUUUUAGAAUCCCCUGGGGGCUAUCAGUUUUUUAUCGUUGAUUCACCUGUACCCGAUGACAAAGAUCGGAUUCUCAAAGUGUCUCUGGCCUCCUCCAACCUCUCGAAAUCCCUAAACUACUGGAACGGCAUCUUGGGUCUGACAAUUUAUGACCGAACCGAAAAAUCCGCCACAUUUGGUUUCGACGAAAAAGCCACCAAACUGGAACUGGUUGACAUAGGAGUGCCUAUAGAGAGACGCGAAGCUUACGGUCGUAUCGCCUUUUCCAUUCCGUAUGAGGAACAAGAGCCGUUAUCUGAACGUAUAGAGGAGCAUAAACAGACGAUUUUGACCCCACUGUUGACCCUACCGACCCCCGGGAAGGCCACGGUGAGGGUCAUCAUUUUGGCCGACCCCGAUGGACACGAAAUCUGCUUUGUGGAAGACGAGGGGUUCAGGAGUCUGUCGGAGGCGGAUUACGAGAGCGAGCAGGUGUUGGAGUUGCAAAUGAAGAAGGAUAGAUCUUAAAAUGGGUGGCAAUGUGUGAUAUUUACUUGAAAGUUUUGAUUUUUUAGUUUAUGUACUUCUAUAUUAUGUUUAUACCUUUAUGCAAGUGUUGCUGUUAUUAAUUUGGAUCUCUGAAUAAAGUUUAAACUGAGGCAAAGUUACAGGGA